UAUUGCAUAUGCUACUUCUAGACCUCUGACAAGUAAUUCAUCAACAAUAUGCUUCUGGGGUCAUUAUGACAAUUUAUUCAUUUCAGAUAUGUUCAUGGUAAUAUUUGAACACAUAACUAUUUAUUUCAUUUUUCUCCUAUAGUCAUAUUAAUCAAUUCUGCUUUUUUUACUUGCUAGUUUUGGCAAAGGGAGGCAGCAAUGUUAAAGCAUCAAUUGCAAAACUUGCAAGAAAACCAUCGGCAAAUGAUGGGUGAAGAGCUUUCUGGUUUGAGUGUCAAAGAUUUGCAGAAUUUGGAGAACCAAUUGGAAAUGAGUCUACGGGGUGUUCGAAUGAAAAAGGACCAAAUUUUAAUGGAUGAAAUAGAAGAAUUAAACCGAAAGGGGCAGCAAAUUCACCAAGACAAUGUGGAACUGUAUAAGAAGGUAAACCUAAUUCGUCAAGAAAACAUGGAAUUAUAUAAGAAGGUUUAUGGAACAAGGGAUGUGAAUGGAGCAAACCAAACUUCCCUUCUCUUAGAUGGUCUUGGCAUUGGAGAGGACUCACAUCCACCUAUCCAUCUCCAGCUUAGCCAACCACAGCAACAAAACUACGAGACACCAACAAGAGCUACAAAACUGGGGUACAUUACACAAAACACUUCAAUCAUGAAUACCAAUUUACUUUGCCAAAAUAUUGAUCCAAAACGUGUUUCCUUGAUGGCUGCAGCAGACUACAACUGCCCUAGCACAGAAGAUGCAACUGGCGAUGGAUGUCGCUUGGUCUCUAUAAAUAAAAGGGCCUAUGGUUAUAGAUUUAUGCUUCUAUCAGUGGCAUAAUUCAGAAUCAGUGACGUAUGAUAUAAA